GGCUGCUGAGGCGGCCGCUCCUUCCCCCGGCACCUGCAGCGGUGUCACCCGAGAUGGAAAAGCGCAGCCAAGACGCGGGAUCGCAGAAGCCCUCCGGCAUCCUGCUCUUCUCCGUCUUCACCGCCGUGCUGGGAUCCCUACAGUUUGGUUAUGGCACUGGGGUCAUCAACGCUCCCCAGGAGGUUAUCGAGAGACAUUAUGCUCAGGUUCUGCAUGUUGCCCAGAACGCGACUGGGGCUGGCAAUCUCACGCAAGGGGCCAACGCGCCGAAGGACCGCCUGGUGGUGGUUUACUGGACUCUCUCCGUCGCCAUCUUCUGCAUCGGGGGCAUGUUCUCAUCCUUCUUUGUUGGAUAUCUGGCGGACAGGCUGGGCAGACUGAAGGCGAUGAAGGUUCUCAACAUCCUGGCGAUAGCUGGUGCGCUACUGAUGGGAUUGGCCAAGAUGGGACCUGCGCACAUCCUGAUCAUUGCCGGCAGGGCCAUCACUGGCGUGUACUGUGGGCUGUUGUCCGGGCUGGUGCCCAUGUACAUCGGAGAGAUCUCGCCCACCAACUUACGUGGAGCGCUGGGUACAAUUCACCAGCUGGCCAUCGUUACCGGGAUCCUUCUGAGCCAGGUGAUCGGCCUGAGCUCCCUGUUGGGAAACGACCGGCUCUGGCCCUUGCUCCUCGGGCUGUCGGGAGUGCCCGCCAUCCUGCAGUCACUCCUCCUGCCCUUCUGCCCGGAGAGUCCGCGCUACCUCUACAUCAAGCUCGGCAAAGAAGAAGCAGCCAAGAAGGCCUUGCGCAGAUUCCUUGGGAGCUCGGACAUAGAGAAGCAGAUGGCGGAGAUGAAGAAGGAGAAGGAGGAGAUUGAGAAGGUGCCGAAGGUCUCCAUCAGCCAGUUGUUCCGCUCACCCAACUACCGACAACCCAUCACCGUCGCCCUGAUGCUGCACAUCUCCCAGCAGUUCUCUGGAAUCAAUGCAAUCUUUUACUAUUCCACGGCCAUCUUCACCCAGGCCGGGAUCUCGCACCCAUCCUACGCCACCAUUGGAGUUGGUGUUGUGAACACAAUCUUCACCGUGGUCUCGGUUUUCCUGGUGGAGCAUGUUGGUCGCCGCAGCCUGUUUAUCGUAGGCCUGGCCGGGAUGUGUGGCUGUGCCAUCCUCAUGACAUGUGGGCUGGCCUUGCAGUACACCUACACCUGGAUGAGUUACCUCAGCAUGUCGGCCAUCUUUAUGUUUGUGGCCUUCUUUGAGAUUGGGCCAGGCCCCAUCGCAUGGUUCAUUGCAGCUGAGCUCUUCAGCCAGGGCCCGCGGCCGGCCGCAGUCACCAUCGCAGGGUUCUGCAACUGGACCUGCAACUUCCUGGUGGGAAUGUGUUUUCCGUACAUCGAGGAGCUGUGUGGCCCAUACGUGUUUGUCAUCUUCGCCUGCCUGCUCCUGUGCUUCACCCUGUUCACCUACUUCAGAGUGCCGGAGACCAAGGGCAAGACCUUUGAGCAGAUUGCCCAGGGGUUCCGCCGCAAGAAGCCCUCGUCGCGACAGCUCAAACCCUCUGCCACGGAGCUGGAACAUCUGGGCAGUACAGAGGCCUAACGUUGAGGAGGAGGGAGAGGCCUCUUUGGCCUGCUCCAUGCACAGGAACUGGAGCGUGAGGCCCGGGUGCCCGUGGAGGCCAAGCAGCCACUGAGCCAUUGUUUACACUCUCCUCUGGGCCUGGGGGAGAAGCUGAACUAUCCUGCCUGCUUAAGCAAGAGUAAGGGGGGAGAAGGAUUAUCCAGUUUGUGACACUCGAUGUUCAAUGUCCCACAGUUAGGACUUGCUUUAUCCUGGAACUGAAGUCAGAUCUUGGAACAUUGCUGCCUAAAAUAAUCUGUUGGUUUGUGUAUUCUUCAAACACCUUCACUUCUACAUGUUGGAGAGAGGGAGGAGAUUAUAGAGUUAAGCACAUU